AAAGAAAAAACUCAAUAUGUUAUGAUUUUACUUAGUAUGACAUCAUUGCUUUAAAAUUAGGACAGAGACUUGUAAAGAGACUGUCAUAAAAAGUGUUUCCAGUUACCCCUUACGUGAAUUACGUCAUGGAUAAUAAUGUUCGUUAACAAUUGCUCCGCGCGCGAAAGGAAGUUAUGACAUAAUGGAAUGCUGAAAAGACAAUAUUGGACAGAACGAAAUCGCUUCGACGCCAUUUAUUAUCAGAAUACGCGGUUAGAAUAUAGAGAUUAUUAAACAGCAGUGCAGGUUGUUACGUAAUAAUGCCCUGCUUUGAUCGCGUGCAAACCGCCUCAGGAAACUUUACUUUUGUUGGAAAAGGAGUGAAAUAUUUCGCCGCUAAGAAGUCUUGCAAGGCCUUCGGGUCUGAACUCGCUGUACUGAAGAACAAUAAUGUAAGGCAGGAGUUAUUUGUAUCGAGCUCUACUUCAGCUUGUAAUGCCCCGCACUACUGGGUUGGACUGGAAGGUACGAAUCAUGGCCCUGUAUGGCUGGAUGGCGACGCUGCUCUGAUACAGUCCUUCGAUCCUUCAAAGGGAUGCCAGGCUGGGGCGGUACACGUAAACAGCCGUGGCCACACGACAUUUGGUUCAUACCCGUGCAGUUUCGAACUUCCGUAUCUCUGCUUUAGUGCAAACGUUAAUAUCACAAGCGGAGAAUCGUUGGAGCCAAAUAAAAGCAGUGAUCACGCAAAGUCAAUGGGAAUUGCUAUCUUUUCCACGUUCUUCCUCACACUGGCGCUAGCCGCAUUGUUUUGGUUUGUCGUGAGGCGGCUGAAGAGAUCGAGAAGUAGCAACAAUGUACCCCGUGUUACGUCACAACCGGCAGUGCAACCAGUAGACGACAGAGGAUACAUUGAUCUGUGUGACGUCACAUAUUACGCGGGAGAGCGCGGUGGAACAUGGCAAUUACCGAACAUGAACAAUACAGGGCCAGAGUAUUGCACGAUUGACCCACCGAGACGUGCGGAUGCAAACAACCCGUACCUUGUACCAUUACCAACACCACGAUAAAGAUGUAACUUGGACGCAUGUCUCAAUAUUCGCUUAAAACUGUCCUUUAGCGCCCCUUACACGCCUAAGGCACGAAAAGGCUUACCGGCAUUUAGUGGCUGGUGAUUACUUUCGUUUUCUCUUUGCAAACAAAUUAUGAUUUUGAGCAUUGCUAUAUCACAUAUAUGCGGGAUGUGGCUUAUAGCUUUAAAAUCCUUAGUUCUUCAUAUUACAGACAUACGUUUUACAUUGUGAAAUCAUAAUGUAUAUAUAGUGAUCAAUGCAUUUUGUCAUACACCAAACAAAUAAAAGGAAUAAUCAAACACUAGAAUACGGCAUUGUCUUUGUCAUAAUAUUUGAUAUUUUAGAAUGAACGCUAAACAAUAUGAUUGUGACGUGAACUAUUUUUUAUGAAUAAACAUGUUUGAAACAGAUUUUUUACCAAUGCUAUUACCAAUAUCGACAACGUGUAUUGUAAUCCACAAUUGAAACGUCAUUAUUCAAAGUCGAGCUAACUAAAACAAUGGUGCCUAAACCAUGGAGCGCAACACCUAUGUUGACCAAAUCCAUAAUUUUCCAAGUGUGGGUUAUUUUUAUUACAAAUAAAUGAGUUGUGUUUAUUUUAACAAAUUUUACUAUAAGUUGGCGCGAUUUAUCAACAAUUUAAAACCUAAAGUAAAAUAAUAUUUAGUUGUAAAUAUAUCAUAUGUGUCUUACAGCAGGUAACAACAUAAUAUACACUAUAAACAAAACAUCGCUUCUAUCUUGACCCGGAAACAAUGUAAACGAAUAAAUGAAUGUUAUGCUACAUCACCUAUGUUAGUCACGCGUGUUGCAACUCUAGUAGGAAUACUAUAACAAGAUUGUGAUGUAAUACUAUUGUUUAUUAAGUAACAGCAUAAGACGCAUUUCGGUUAAGUAGAAUUUAAACUGAUUUAAGUUGAGUUUAAACAGUAAACGAAGAUUAGGUAAAAACACUGUUUAAUUUUUCUCCCCAAUUUCCAGAUUCAACGGAACCAGUUUUGUUAAUCUUGUGUUUAGCAAUUUAGUAAACGACUCAGUAGAGCAACCAAUUAUACAACAUUUAUUUAACAUUUUAGGAACAUAGGACUGUAUUAAUAAAACGGUUGUCAGCUGUAAAUAUGUUUUAUCAAAACAACACAUACGUUGAAAUGUUCUGUUAUAGGUUAAUUCAGAAUUUCAGAAUAUUUAGAGUUCAACAUACCACCUAAUACACGAUGCAUUAUUAACAUUAUAGGAACAUUUUGAUCGGAUGCGUAAACAACGAUAGUCAUUUGCAAAAAUGUUUUAUAAAAACAACACAUACGUUGAAAAUGAGGGGACAUAUCACUACGUCACAGCAGCAGGGGCCAACUACACAACAGCUCGAUCGAUAUGCAGGGAUGAUUUUAAAUCCCAACUUGCUGUGCUUAAUACACAACCACUGUUUGAUAAAGCAAAGUCUUUAAAUGGGGCUGGAAUAUUUUUCAUUGGGUUGCAUCGACCGAAUCACAGUGUACCAUAUCAGUGGCUGGAUGGAAGCUCUUUCAAUCGAUCUUUGAUAAACGGGUCAAGUAUAACGAACGAAAACGCCACUGGCUGUCGAGGGGUGGUGAUGCAGAAACUAGGUCAAAGUAAUUCUGUGGAUUUACUUUCAUAUGAUUGUAAUUCAAAACAGAACUUUUUCUGUUUCACCCCCUCCUCAGCAACAACCACCAAACCAGAAGCAACAACGAGUCAAGCAUUCGUUUCUACAAUCAGCUACGACACAACGACAACUACACUGUCCCCUACAACCAACACAGUGCUUACCAAGGUACAACCGACCACUCAACUCUACAAUUCAGCGCAGACGACAACCACGGGGUUAACAAACACACAAAGCGCCAACGCUGGUGGUCUGCAACUUGGUAUCGUUGUGGGGAUUCCUCUAGGUGUGGUGUUGCUUCUAAUUUUGCUUAUAGCUCUCAUAGUUUGGUUGAAACGUCGCGGUGGCGAUAAAAGCAACGAAGCAGAUGUGAACUUGGAGAUAAAUAAACGCCAAGUUCGUCCGACGGCCACAUAUGACGUAGUUAGCAAGGACUGUGACGUCCGAAUCGACCAUAGGUACGAGACAAUACUUCCGGUUGAUGAAAGAGGGUACAUAGAUCUUUGUGACGUCACAAGAAACGCGGGAGAACGCGAUGCAACGCGACAAAUCAUCAACAAUACAGGGCCAGAGUACUGCACGAUUGACCCACCGAGACGCGCGGAUACAAACAACCCGUACCUUGUACCAUUACCAGCACCACAAUAAAGAUAAAACUAUUCUCUACUAUUAUUAUUAUUUACAGAGCCAAUAAAAGCCACUAUUUAUAGUUGCGUCGGUUACUAGCAGAAAGAUAACUUGGUCCAAUGCCUCCAAUACUCGCUUCUUGAAAAUAUAAAUUUUCUAUCAAUAUCUUCCGUAACGUGAAAUGUAAUGUCCGCCAACUUGUUGAAUACAAAUAUCUUACAAAUAUCAAUAACCUUGGCUUGUAUCACAUAUAGCCUCUGAUCUUGUUUUGAUGGGUUUGUUUAGAAGUCUUCGCAUUUUUUAUAAUUUUCAGACCUGUUCGUUAA